AUGAUUUUAUCUUCAAACAAAUAUGAAAAUACCAAAUUGUUUGACAAGAUCGUAUUUGAAAAGAGCUCCAAAUAUUCGCAAAUAUCAGUUGAGAUAUGGCAACUAAUAUGCAUAAAUUUAUCCUCAAAUGAUAUAUUCCAUUUGAUGGAGUGCUCGAAACAGCUAAAUGAUACAUUGAAGAGUGAUGUUAUAUGGAGGCAUCGUGUUAUUAAUCGCUGGUACGGACCCAUAUAUUAUACAAUAGGAGGUAUUGAAAACAGGAUUCCGGUUGAUCACUUUUUUGAGGUUUAUAAGGAACAUUAUAGAAAUGAUAGGGCAAUUGAUCGUGCGGUUUUGCAAAUCAGUGAGAUGCAAGAAAACGAAUCGGGUCAAUGUCAUAAACAAGGCCUAGUAUCGAUCAUAGAAAAGCUUAUUGGGGGCAAACCUGAGAAUGUGGUACCUGAACUCUUAAAUAUUCGUCAUCAUUUAACCUUUGAAUCUUUUUACUCAAAGUCUAAAUUUAUAAAGGAUAGGAGAAAUGCGUUGGUAUAUAAAUUGGAGCAUUUGAAUCAGGUAUUUGUGGCCUCGGCAUUCCUAGAGGCCAUUCAAUGUAGGAUUGUGCUGGAUCUUUUAUGCAAUUUAUACUAUUUCGACAAAGAACCUGCAAAUAUUGAGUUGUGCUUAUUACAAUUCAGUGCUGUUGAUCCACAUUUUUUUGAGCUUUGCCUGGCCAGAAAUCAUGCUAGAGAACAUACACUUUUGAAGUUGAGGAAAGACCAGGGUUUGCUUGAGAAAUCUUCAUUCGAUAUUAUAAAAAGUAUCAUAAAGGAAUUUCGAAGUACCGUGAGUGACAUGGGAGGAAAUAAAGUUUUGACAGGCUUACAUACAGGAGGAAAGAUAUAUUUCGAGAAUGCACUAAUGGACAGAGCAUAUAGUGAUGAAAGUAUGUCAGUUGAAGUAGAUUCCGAGGUAUUAUACAAUAUUCCAAAUAAUAUUGCAAUAGUUAAGUCUUUUUGUAAUGAGCUUGGUGUCGACGUGAGGGUUAAUUCGAUGCUUAUAGAAUGCCUUAAUGCACAAGGAAAUAGAUUUGGAGUUAUUCCACUUGACAGGGCAGUUUCGGUUGAUAUAAACAUUCUCCCUGAUAGAGUGAGAAACUUUGAGGACGGCAAUAGAAGCUAUUGCACGUAUGCGAUCGAGAACUUGCUUGGAAUCAGCAAAUCCAGUGGUAUUAGACAUUCAAGAUUAUCACGGAAAGAAGACAUAAAUGCGACUCAGGCAGACAGCCGGGCCAUUAUAUAUAACGAAUUUGUCAGAGACAGUAUAAGAACUUUCACACGCUUAUGCAUCAAAGCAUUUGAACACAAACUUGAUAUUGAAACCUCAAAAGACCUCAUUGACUUUGCAUCUGAUCAUAGAUAUCCCAUCCUGCUUAUAAUGCUAAAAAAUUACAUGAAAAAGUUCAAAGGAACACCAACUCAUUUGCAGAUUAUGGAGGAAAUAGAGACGAAGUUGCUGGAAUAUGAGGAUACACACUUUGAUAAAGAGAACGGCCUACAAUUUGGAUACUCUGAUGAAAACAGUAGAAAACUCCAGACGGCAAGUGAAUUGCAGGUAGGAGAAAUAGUUUUUUCUCCUAAAGCAGAGGCAGCAAUUAUAAUUGCAAUUCAUAUGGACCCAAGAACGUAUUUCUGCCUUACAGCCGGAAAUUACCUUGUAAUAUUUUCCGAGCAUGAACUGAGGAGGAAGAACUUUAACGAUGAGGUUGUGUAUCAAUUUGCAGAUUACGAUGAUCUCGGAGCGUUUUUUAAGAGAUUUGAUUGGACCGCAAGGAGAUUCGUGAGAAUAUAA